AAUAAGAACCGUAGUCACAAAAAAGGUGUUCAGCCUUAAAUUUCCAAGUACUGGUUUGAGACCAUCGAACACAGAGAAAAAAUGGAAAACUUGAAUGGAAAGCCUACGAACACUUGGUUCAAUUCAAGUGAAACAGCCGGAAAGGUCAUCACUUGCAGGGCUGCUGUUGUUUAUGGCCCGGGAGAGCCUUUUGUGGUGGAACAAGUACGAGUAGAUCCUCCUCAAAAAAUGGAGGUUCGAAUCAAGAUCCUCUUCACUUCAAUCUGUCAUACCGAUCUCAGCGCUUGGCAAGGCGAGAAUGAAGCUCAGCGAGCAUACCCUCGUAUUCUGGGCCAUGAAGCUUCCGGAAUUGUUGAGAGCGUGGGUGAAGGCGUUAGAGACAUGAAAGAAGGGGACCAUGUCGUUCCUAUAUUCAACGGAGAGUGUGGAGACUGCAUCUACUGCAAGCGCGAGAAAACGAAUAUGUGCGAGAGAUCUGGGGUGAACCCUUUCAAGACCGUGAUGGUGAGCGACGGAAAGAGCAGGUUUUCGACGCUUAAAGACGGGAAACCCAUAUGCCAUUUCCUCAACACCUCCACUUUCAGCGAGUACACGGUGCUCGAGUCCGCAUGCGUCGUCAAGGUUGACCCUGCGGCUCCCCUCAAGAAGAUGACCUUGCUCAGCUGCGGCGUUUCUACCGGAGUUGGAGCUGCAUGGAAUACAGCCGAUGUAAAGGCAGGAUCAAGUGUGGCAAUUUUUGGCUUGGGCGCAGUGGGACUUGCAGUUGCAGAAGGGGCACGAUCACGAGGAGCAUCAAAGAUAAUUGGUGUUGAUGUCAACCCCAACAAAUUCAUCAAAGGCCGAGCAAUGGGAAUCACUGACACUAUAAAUCCAAGGGAUCAGGAGAAGCCAGUGCAUGAGAUUAUCAGGGAAAUGGCAGGAGGAGGCGUGGACUACAGCUUUGAGUGUGCAGGAAAUUUGGAUGUUAUACGGGAGGCUUUCUUGUCUUCCCAUGAGGGCUGGGGAUUGACAGUAGUGUUGGGAAUCCAUCCAACCCCAAGAAUGCUUCCUCUACAUCCAAUGGAGUUGUUUGCUGGUCGCAGUAUAAUCGCAUCGGUCUUUGGAGGCUUCAAAGGGAAGACCCAACUGCCUCAUUUUGCUCAACAAUGCAUGAAGGGGGUGGUGAAUUUGGAUGAGUUUAUCACGCAUGAGCUUCCAUUUGAGAAGAUAAACGAUGCAUUCCAGCUGCUCGUCGAUGGGAUAUCAUUGAGAUGCCUGCUACACCUUUAAGCCUUUCUUACACACUGACAUGAAUGCCAAUAAGCUCCUAUGUCACAUAGCUACAUGAAUGCAGCAGAUUUUACGAAGAGGCUACUAUUUCAAAUUAUAACUAAUGUCAGCACAUUCCUUA